CAAAAGAAGCCCUUCGUUCCUCAAGAAAAUCGAAGCCCGUUGCGAAAGGAAGCCAGCGGUCCAGCCGAGUUGGAAGACUCGGAAUCUUCAGUCGAGCGAAUAGCAUUUUCGGGUUUCCGAAUCGAACCCACGUCUUCAUUUUCACUCAAGUUCAUCUUUUUCGAUCAACCGAUGGGGGAGCUCGCUGGCAAUAAACAUGUCAAGUACAUAUUGUCCGUUGAAAAUGUAGGUGGCUUUGGUGGAAACAUUGGACAUGAUCCGCAUCUGCUGUAUACGCUCAGUGCCGUGCAAGUUUUGGCCCUUUUUGACAAGUUACAUGUUCUUGACAUCAACAAGGUGACAGAUUACAUCAAAGCACUGCAAAACGAAGAUGGAUCUUUCUCUGGGGAUAUAUGGGGCGAAGUUGAUGCUCGUUUCCCUCCGAAGAUUCAGUAAAUGUGGAGAAGGCUAUAGGUUAUAUAGUGAGUCGCGAAACUAUGGAUGGCGGGUUUGGUUGAACUCCUGGUGCAGAGUCUCAUGAAGGGCAAAGGGUGUCAUAACCUUACGCCGGAGCUCUUUCGCUGGUUUCUAAUUUCUGAUUGGUGCUUAGUAAGUCAUGUAUUUGCUUAAAUACAUGGUGGUCUUCUAAUUAUGUUCCAAAGAACAUCCAAAGGAUAAAACUGAGUUGCCACAAUUUUAAGACAUUCCUUAGGACUAAUCUUAGACUUGAGGAAGUAUAAUGAUUCCGGAGAAGAAUUAGGCAUAAAAGAAUGAAGCACCAAGCAAGUAAAUUAAGAUGCACAAGAGCCUGACCAAGCACCUUGCUACAAAGUGGCUCAUUUUUCUCUCUUCUUUCAAUUCAAAUAAGAAGAUAUUUGC